AUGGGUGUACGAUUUUGCCAUUCUGCUAGUUUAUUUCUUCAUAAUUAUUUUUUUCAGAUGAAUGGUCAAUUAAAGAAGAUUUUUGCGGGUACAUUCACUACUGCUACUUGCACAAUAAGUUCUUGCUUCCUUACAAUAAUGCACGGUGCUGAUCCAGUUUAUCCUCAAGCAACAACAUUUUUAACAGAUUCUGACGAAUCAACCAAAUUAUGGGUUAUGGAACUUCGAAAGUUGUCUGCGGAAUUAAUUAAAGAUAUAUCAGUGAAGGGAGCUUUUCAUUAUUGGCAACGAUUGUUUACAAAAAUAAUGCAUACAUCUGUAGAUGAUUCGAUCACUGUUAAUAGGUAUAACUGGUUUCCUUAA